UCUCAAAGGUCCCAUGGGCUCUACCGGAAGGAGCGUGACUUCGCAACUCUAUUCAAGUGUUAAAAUAAACUAGGUCGUGAUCCUUUAAGAUGGAGGAGGAUUAUGCAUGGAGGUGUUCAGCAGACACAGAGCCGAGGACGCCUCUUCUACUUGAUGUGCUUCUUUUCAGUAUAUCAGUCUCUUUAUUUGUAACACGCCAUCUAUGUUCCUGUUGGUUCUGCUGUAGAGAAGCAGCUGACUCAGUGACUGAGUGGCUCUGCAUGCUGGUUGAACCAUCUAGUGUCUCUUGGUUUUUCUCUAGUCUGUUUACAUGAACAUACAAGUUAAUGGACUUUAGCUGUGAUGUGUAGAAGCUCAGACUAGUAUUCACUUGUUUGUAUCUGACAUGUUUUGAAUACUUCCUGCAGUCUUCUUCAGAUGCGUCAGCUGUUGCUGUGACGUGUGUUGUGUCAGCUGAAGUUAUAGAGAACCAUGUCAGAUACAAAUGAAUAAUAGUCUGUGUACAUGAACAUACAGUUAAUUUAUCAAGUUAGACUAAAUUAACUUUUUCUGAGCUAAAGUCCAUCAUUCAUAUUUUAAUAAAGUUAUUAUUCUUGGGUCAGCCGCCUUAGCAUGUCAGUCUGGGAGGAGUAUGAACUGGGAGGGGAACUGGUCCAACUGGUUGGUUCAUCAUUUCCUUGUUAUGAGUCGGACGGUUUGGUGUGGCUCACUUCAUCACAGCAGGAAGACGACUAAGGUACUGUAGUCAACUAUGAUCCGUGAUGGAUCAUAAAUAUGAAUAACUGAAUCUUAUCAAUAGUUUGAUGGUUAGCUUCCUGUAAAACCACAUGGUUAAAAACCUUAGUCAAUGUAUGAAUGCAUUGCUAUUUGAUACAUUUGCUAUUGAAUCAUUUUUAAGAUUCCUGCUCUGUAGAAUGCUACCUGUUAGACUGUGGGCAUUGGGGACCGAACCCUGAACCUUCCAGCCUGGAGUGAGCGUCAGGUUGACGUUAAAAGUGACUUUUUCUUCUUGUGUCUCCUUGUGUCCUUUGGUGACCUUAAAGGUACUUAGGACAGUAUGUACAGCUGUUAUAUUUGUAGUGAGGUAUUAUGAUUACAUUAUUGAGACAGGAAGAUGGCCAUCUUGGUUAGUGAAGGUGUUUAAACGUCAUCUCUUACAAGGUCUUGUUCUCUGUAUUUGUUCUCUGGAAUGAUGAUAUGUUAUUAAAUAGUUUAUUAGAAACGUCUGGGCAGCAUCUCCUCAUCUCUCCCUCGUUGAGGACGAGAGGGUCUAUGAAUCUGCGUCUAGUUAAGACCACCCUGCCUCUGGUCCAAAGAGACAGAGACAACAGCCCCUUGUGACCGGAAGUACGCAGCUCAUAUAAAAGCAGAGAAUAAACACUUGAGUGGUCGUAGGAACCUUAUGGAGCUGCGGUCGACUAUGGACGAGGAGAGAGAGGAGGGGGGUCCUACCUCUAAGACCACUCUGUCUGGGGAACAUGGUGGCCAGAGCAAAGCUAAGAGCCCAGAGCAGCAGGAGAGAGCACACUCCCCUGGACCCAGCUGUGUCUCCAUGAAGAGUGACCGUUCUAUGGGAAGACCUCCUAACCUUAAAGAUGGAUGCCCCUCCAGAGAGGAGAGCCCAGAGCAGCAGCAGAGAGCAGACUCCCCUGGACCCAGCUGUGUCUCCAUGAAGAGUGACCGUUCUAUGGGUCGACCUCCCAACCUUAAAGAUGGACGCCCCUCCAGAGAGGAGAGCCCAGAGCAGCAGGAGAGAGCACACUCCCCUGGACCCAGCUGUGUCUCCAUAAAGAGUGACCGUUCUAUGGGAAGACCUCCUAACCUUAAAGAUGGAUGCCCCUCCAGAGAGGAGAGCCCAGAGCAGCAGCAGAGAGCAGACUCCCCUGGACCCAGCUGUGUCUCCAUGAAGAGUGACCGUUCUAUGGGUCGACCUCCCAACCUUAAAGAUGGACGCCCCUCCAGAGAGGAGAGCCCAGAGCAGCAGGAGAGAGCAGACUCCCCUGGACCCAGCUGUGUCUCCAUGAAGAGUGACAGGUCUAUGGCUAGACAUCCUAGCUUUAAAAAUGGACGCCCCUCCAGAGAGGAGAGACCCCAGGAGAGGUCAAAGGUUUCCAGUGCUCAGUCGGCACAGCAGCAUCCAACAGAGCUGAUCAAGAGGGCUGAGGAGAACGCACACGCUUUUCUAGACAAGGAGCUAAAGAAGCUCUGGAGGGAUCUCUUCCGAGAUUAUCCACAAUGCUCAGAGAGUCAGAGGGAGGAGGUGGAUGAUAAGAACGAGGAGCAGAGGAGGCGCGCCAUAAAGGGAGUGGUAGACAUCACAAAGCUCUGCCUGAUGGAGAUGAACCAGGAGGAACUGGCCGACACACUGUGGGCCGGAUCUGCUUCUGUCGAGUGCCAACAUAAAAUCAAGUUUUUUUUGAAGAAUAAAUUCAGGUGUGUGGUUGAGGGAAUCGCUAAAGCAGGACAGCGAACAGGGCUGAAUGACUUCUACACAGAGCUCCUCAUCACAGAGAGAGGCAGUGGAGAGGUCAACCAGGAACAUGAGGUCAGACUGAUUGAAACAGCUUACAGGAAACCAGCUGAGGAAAAACCAAUCAGAUGUGAGGACAUCUUUAAACCCUUACCUGGACAAGAUCAACCAAUCAGGACAAUAAUGACAACUGGAGUGGCCGGCAUUGGUAAAACAGUCUUAACACACAAGUUCACUCUGGACUGGGCUGAAGACAAAACCAACCACGACAUACACUUCACAUUUCUCCUCACUUUCAGAGAGCUGAAUUUACUGAAAGGGAAAGAGUUUAGCUUGGUGGAACUUCUUCAUCACUUCUUUAUUGAGACAAAAGAAGCAGGAAUCUGCAGCUAUAACCGGUUCCAAGUUGUCUUCAUCUUAGAUGGACUGGAUGAGUGUCGACUUCCUCUGGACUUCCAGAGAAACCCGAUCUGGACUGAUAUCACAAAGUCCACCUCGGUGGACGUGCUGCUGACAAACCUCAUCAGGGGCGACCUGCUUCCCUCCGCUCGCAUCUGGAUAACCACACGCCCUGCGGCAGCCAAUCAGAUCCCUGCUGAGUGUGUUGACAUGGUGACAGAGGUGAGAGGGUUCACCGACCAACAGAAGGAGGAGUACUUCAGGAAGAGAUUCAGAGACGAGACGCUGACCAGCUCUAUCAUCUCCUACGUCAAAAAAUCACGAAGCCUCCACAUCAUGUGUCACAUCCCAGUCUUCUGUUGGAUCACUGCUACAGUUCUGGAGGACCUCUUCAAAACAUCCCAGAUAGGAGCGGAGAUGCCCAAAACCGUGACUCAGAUGUACAGCCACUUCCUGAGGGUUCAGUCCAUACAGGGGGACAGGAAGUACCAUGGGAGGGCUGGAACAGAUCCAGACUGGAGUUCAGAGAGCAGGGAGAUCAUUGUUUCUUUGGGAAAACUGGCUUUUAACCAGCUGGAGAAAGGCAACCUGAUCUUCUAUGAGGCAGACCUGGCAGAGUGUGACAUCAAUAUCAGAGCAGCCUCAGUGUACUCCGGAGUGUUCACCCAGAUCUUUAAAGAGGAAUGUGGGCUGUACCAGGACAAGGUGUUCUGCUUUGUCCAUCUGAGCUUCCAGGAAUUUUUGGCUGCCCUUUAUGUCCUUCUGUCCUUCAUCAACACUGGGGUCAAUCUGCUCUCUGAAGAACCAACAACCUCUGGUAAAGAUAAACUCCUCCUCCUCUACAAGAGUGCUGUGGACAAGGCCUUACAGAGUGAGAACGGACACCUGGACUUGUUCCUCCGAUUCCUCCUGGGCCUCUCUAUGGAGACCAAUCAGAUUCUCCUACGAGGUCUGCUUGGAAAAGAAGAUAGUAGAUCACUGAUCAAUUGGCUGAGACAGAGAGGAAGGGGCUCACAGACCAAUAAGAAAACAGUGUCUUACAUCAAGGAGAAGAUUGGUGGAGAUCUCUCUCCAGAGAAAAGCAUCAAUCUGUUCCACUGUCUGAAUGAGCUGAACGACCGUUCUCUAGUGGAGCAGAUCCAACAGUCCCUGACAUCAGGAAGUCUGUUCAAAACACAUGUCUCCCCUGCUCAGUGGUCAGCUCUGGUCUUCAUCUUACUGUCAUCAGAAGAGGAGCUGGACGUGUUUGACCUGAAGAAAUACUCUGCUUCAGAGAAGGGUCUUCUGAAGCUGCUGCCAGUGGUCAAAGCCUCCAAAACAUCUCUGCUGAAUGACUGUCAGCUGUCAGAGACAUGCUGUGAAGCUCUGGCCUCAGUUCUCAGCUCCAACUCCUCUAGUCUGAGAGAGCUGGACCUGAGUACCAAUUAUCUGCAGGAUUCAGGAGUGGAGCUGCUCUCUGCUGGACUGGGGAUUCCACAGUGUACACUGGAAACUCUCAUGCUGAAUGGUUGUCAUCUGCCAGAGAAAUGCUGUGAAGCUCUGGCCUCAGUUCUCAGCUCCAACUCCUCUAGUCUGAGAGAGCUGGACCUGAGUACCAAUGAUCUGGGGGAUUCAGGAGUGAAGCUGCUCUCUGCUGGACUGGGGAGUCUACAGUGUACACUGGAAACUCUCAGGCUGAAUGGCUGUCAUCUGUCAGAGACAUGCUGUGAAGCUGUGGCCUCAGUUCUCAGCUCCAACUCCUCUAGUCUGAGAGAGCUGGACCUGAGUACCAAUGAUCUGCAGGAUUCAGGAGUGAAGCUGCUCUCUGCUGGACUGGGGAGUCCACACUGUACACUGGAAACUCUCAGGCUGAAUGGCUGUCAUCUGUCAGAGACAUGCUGUGAAGCUCUGGCCUCAGUUCUCAGCUCCAACUCCUCUAGUCUGAGAGAGCUGGACCUGAGUUCCAAUGAUCUGGGGGAUUCAGGAGUGAAGCUGCUCUCUGCUGGACUGGGGAGUCUACAUUGUACACUGGAAACUCUCAGGCUGAAUGGCUGUCAUCUGUCAGAGAGCUGCUGUGAAGCUCUGGCCUCAGUUCUCAGCUCCAACACCUUUGGUCUGAAGGAGCUGGACCUGAGUUCCAAUGAUCUGCAGGAUUCAGGAGUGAAGCUGCUCUCUGUUGGACUGGGGAGUCCACACUGUACACUGGAAACUCUCAGCCUGUCUGGCUGCCUGGUCACACAGGAAGGCUGUGCUUCUCUGGCCUCAGCUCUGAGCUCCAACCACUUCCAUCUGAGCAAGCUGGACCUGAGCUACAAUCACCCAGGAGAAUCAGGAGCUGCGCUGCUCUCUGCUGUAGUGGAGGAUCCACGCUGGAGACUGGACACUCUCAGUGUGGAGCACUGUGGAGUGUGGAGGCUGAAACCAGCUCUAAAGAAGUAUGACUUUGAACUCACAUUGGACCCAAAGACAGCCUACAGACGACUCUCUCUGUCUGAGGACAACAGAAAGGUGACGCGGGUAAGAGAGGACCAGUCGUAUCCGGAUCACCCAGAGAGAUUUGACUACUGGUACCAGGUGUUGUGUAGAGAGGCUCUGACUGGCCGCUGUUACUGGGAGGUAGAGUGGAAAGGAUAUGUUGUUAUGGGAGUGACAUACAGAGGAAUCACAAGGAGAGGAGGGGGUGCAGACAGCGAGCUUGGAAAGAACAACAAGUCCUGGCGUCUUCUUUGUUGUUUUGGUUGUUACAUUGCCAUGCACAACGGUAGAGGAACAGCCAUACGUCUACCCCCCGCUGGCUCCACCAGAGUAGGAGUGUAUCUGGACCGGCCUGCUGGCUCUCUGUCCUUCUACAGAGUGUCCCCAGGUGGAGGAGGGUCCUCAGACACACUGACACACAUCCACACCUUCCAGGCCUCCUUCACCCAGGAGGACCUCCUGCCUGGGUUUGGGUUAUGGGGGGAUGAGGGUGACUCAGUGUCUCAAGUUACACUGUGUAAGUUAUAGUCUCUCUCUCUCUCUCUCUCUCUCUCUCUCUCUCUCUCUCUCUCUCUCUCUCUCUCUCUCUCUCUCCGAGUCUGAGGACAUCCAUGAAUGCACACAUGCAUAUAUUAACGCACACACACGCAUAUAUUAACACAAACACGUGUGCAUAUAUUACACACACAUGCAUGUAUAAACACAUACACAUAUGUACAGACACACACACAUAUUAAGACACGCAAACACACACACACACAUAUAAACACAAUGCUUGCACGCACACACACAUAAACACACAUGCGUGCGCACACACAAAACGCUUAUAUAAACACACAUGACACGAGUAUAUGAACACACACACACAUAUAUGAACACAUACACGUAUAUAUGAACACACUCACCCGCGCACGCUCACACACACACAAAUACACAAAUUAUGUAAACACACACACACACACACAUGCAUAUGUAAACGCACGCACAUUCACACACACACACACACACACACACACACACACACACACACACACACACACACACACACACACACACACACACACACACACACACACAUAUAUAAACACUCAAAUAUACACAAACAUGCGCACACACACAUGCAGUUAUGAACACACACACACACAUGCAGAUAUAAACACACACACAUACACGCAGAUAUGAACACACACACGCACGCAUGCAUUUGCAAUGAACACACACACACCCACACAGACUACACACACAUCUAUAUAUAAACACACACUCUGUGUUUCGUAAUUAAAAUUCAUGUACUCAUGUACGUUUUCUUGGGCUUCUGAAAGUUGAUUAAUUAUUGAUUGAUGGUAAAUCUAAACAUGUAUAUGAUACAAUACUGUGUAUAUUUUCAGACGUUAAUAGUUUCAUGCGGAACGGCUCUGAUAUCAGUUUAUAUUUUGAGCCUUUUUAAGCCUAACAUGGAACCUGAUUUAAAGCAGAUUUAAUAUUAUAUUCAUAAUGCAAGCGGUCUGGGAAAGGCUGUUGAUCAUGUUGUGAUGACUUUAAACUGAGUAUUGAUUCUUGUGUUCUUGUGGGAACAACACAGCAGCAGAAUGUUUAUGAUUAGUAAUGCAUACCUGUUUAUGAUUAGUUAUGUCUGCUGCUUUUAUUGUUUAAGUCCUUGUAUUUAUUGUGUUCAUGUAAUUGACUGUUCUUCUAUUGUUUGAGUCCUUGUGUUUAUUGUGUACAUGUUAGGGACUGUUUUUCUGUUUGGUUAAUAAAGCAUAAUGGUGAUAAUCAACUCAGAGGAUUCACUGAAUUUUGUCUGUCUUCAGCAGAGGAUCAGUUUACACUUUAAGGUCGGGGUUCACUGAAUAAAAAGCACAACAGA